GAGGGGGUAGGAGAGGUGAGGUGGGAGAGGGACGGUGUGCGUGGAAAUGUGGGAACAGUGUGGGGGUGCGGGAGGACAAAGCGAGUUAAUUGCGGGGAAAGCGAAGGGCCAGCAGAGGAACCGCGUGGGGAUAGAACGGAGACCUCCGCCCGUCCCGUUACCACAGCAACAGAGCGCCUCGCCUGUGCCCCGCCCAUUUCCGGUGACGUAGUGGCGACGGGGCGCUCUGAUUGGUCCAUGAGCGGCUCGCGGACCGGAAGUGCUGGAGCGGCGGAGGGGACGCGAUGAUGGCGGUGGCGGUGGCGGAGCGGUGCGGGCGGGAUCCGUGCGGAGCGCUCUGUCCGCUGCUCGCCUACCUCAGCGUGGGCUAUGCCGACUACGCCGUGCUCGCCCACGUCCUUCCACAGCCCGCACUGCGCGCCAGUCCGUGGUGCCCCAUCCACGCAGUGACGUUCAACCUCCUGCUGCUCCUGCUCUUGGCCUCCCACACCCGUGCCGUCUUUGCCGACCCCGGCGUGGUUCCCCUCCCCGGCACCGCCAUCGACUUCUCGGACCUGCACCCAACGGAGCGGAACUCAGAUGAGUGGACGGUGUGCAGCCGCUGCGAGGCGUACCGGCCCCCCCGUGCCCACCAC